GAGUGAGAAUAUACGUUAUAGAGUGUUAUAUCUUACGCGCUUAAGGGCUUUCUCAGCUUUGAUUGGCUAGUACAGUGGCGGAGAGUUUGACUUAAAUUUGUCCUCGGUAGGUCAUGCCGUGUGCAGGUUUUCGUGGUUGCGGCAUGCGUUGUUUGCAAGCAUGUUUGAUGAAUAUAAAUGUAAAAUAUUGGUAUUCUAACGUUUUAUUUUACUUAUUUUGUGCAUGUACCAGGCUUGGUUUAUCAUACAUUCUGUUUGUUGGCCUAUCGGUUGCUGGCGAUGUCAAGGAAUCCGUGAGUUCGAGGGCUUUUCUCGAUUUUAGGUUAUACAUGUAGCAUUUUAUUGAUGGAUAUUGCGACACAGAUGGAUGCUAAUUGACAACGCCUUUUUAGUUUAUUGCAGGUAGGCAAUGCGGGUGAAAGUACUGCUGACGUCAGUGGAAUUUUCGAUGAAAUUAUGCUGGGAAGGCGUUUCUUUAGUUGGGAGGAAUUUGAGAAUUCCUUAGGAGAAUUUCAACAAGUGAGGAAGUCAUUUAAUGCUAACAAUGUAGUUGUCCUGCACUCACUAUGUGCAUAUUCAAAGCAAAACAACAGGGGAAGACAGAUAUAAGUACGCUUACGUUUAUUUUAAAUGCACUUUUGGCGUGAACCGUGGAAAAGCUGGCCUGAAAUUGCGAAACAAGUCGUCUAAAUGUUGCAACUGUCUGUCUGCAUUUCGCGUAAUUUUGCGUUAUAGUGAAUACGUGAUAACAUCCCACAAAAUGGUCCACAACCAUCCAUGCACCAGGGUGUAUAUGCAGAAUGAUCCAUGGUCUAGACGACUGUCAGCGGAAGAGAAAGAAAAUAUAGAACCACUUCUUCACCAAUCACACUCAUCAGAUGAAAUAAUUAUGCAUGUUAAGGAAACAUUCCACAAGGACAUAACUCUUAAUGACGUUAGAAAUCUGAAAGCUUCAGUUAAUAAAGGUAACGUUAAUGUAAAUGUAAACUACUUCAGGUAUAUCGAGCCGUUAUGACAUUUUUGAAUUCCUAAAGUCCCGUGGGAAGUUAUUGGAGUAUUAUGCAGAUGAACCGAUAAGGAAUUCACUGAUGAGAGUCUGUUUUUCUACUUAUGAGCAAAUAGAUUUGUAUAAACGUUUUCCGGAGGUUGUUGGCAUCGAUUCUACAUAUAACACAAAUAAAGGGAAGUAUUCUUUGUUUCAAUUGGUUGUAACGGAUAAUUUUGGUCGUGGGAGACCGGUUCUAUUUGCUUGGACGCGAAAGGAAUUCAAGCGUGAUGUUGUUUGGAUUUUGGACUCGUUUCGUAGCAUAAUGGAAGACACCUCUAAAACAGAAACAUUCAUUAUGGAUUGUGCGCAAGCCGAAAUAGGAGCAGUGAAGUUAACACACAGAGAAGCGCACAUUGUUCUUUGUUCUUUUCAUGUUUGUCGUGCAUUUUGUCGUAAAACGCGGAAUCCCAUUGUUAAGAACUACUUAUGUCGCUUAAUUCAGUGUAAAAGGAGAUCUGAAUUUAACUUCUAUUUCAGAGUUAUAAGCCGAUUGGAUGUUGGUGUCAGUCAGUAUUUACAACGUCGUUGGAUGAGUCGACGACACUUGUGGGCAGCAGCUUUCAGGGAACAUGUACUGACUUUGGGUAAUGAUACCAACAAUCGUGUAGAAAGUUCUCACAAGCAGAUGAAGCGGUACUUGCUUAGAUCAGAUAGUCUGCAUCAAAGCAUGCUGAAGGUUCACAAAUGGUUUCAACUUAGUAAUUCUAGAAUAGAGCAGGAGUCCAUGAUUGCUCAGUCGCGUUCCCUCAAGUAUUCAUGUUCCGAACGCAUAAUACCAAUUUUACGCCACCUGACGCCAUACACUGCGAAGAAAGUGAUCGCUGAUUAUGCGAAGCGACGAUGGACUUCUUUUCAGUUAGAAGGUUUUGAUUAUAUCUUCUUGGAUGACAAUGGGAGACCAGUAGAGGUGGAUCUGCGCGCAUGCACAUGUACUUGUAUGACGUUCCAGACUUGUCGGUAUCCCUGUCGACACUUGCUGAUGGUGCAUUUAAAAAAGGCGUGUUUCACAGUUAAUCAUGUGCUGCAGAACUGUAAACGAUGGACAUGGUCUCGCCAAUCGUACGCAAUUCCAAGCACGUCAGCAAUUGUGCCGCUAAAUCAAUGUGACUUAUACGUAACCAAUAGGAGGCUUAUUAAUGCGGGCCUGACGAGAAUUUGCGACAAAUAUGGACGGAGGUUUGCCGCAGAGUUCGCUGGACAAGUAGUCGCUCAAAUCAACAAUGUUCUUGAUGUGUAAAUUAAAUACUUUCGUAUUACAAUAAUAAUAAACUUUUCGUAUUAA